AUGUUGUUUUUUGCACUAGCGAUGGGCAGUGCGCUUGCUACAGCUGUCACCCCGUGUCCGGAACCAGCCCUUCGCAAAGAGUGGCGACAACUCUCUGUCCAGGAGCGGAGCGGUUAUGCGAAAGCUGUCCAUUGCCUGGCUACCACGCCUUCACGUUUGGGUCUGAACUCGACACUUUACGAUGACUUUGCCUAUGUUCACAAUAAGCUGAACAGUCAAAUUCAUUUCGUGGCAUCUUUUCUCCCAUGGCAUCGUUACUAUGUUCACGUAUACGAACAAGCCCUCAAGGAAUGCGGUUACAAUGGUAGCAUGGCCUACUGGGACUGGACACUGGAUUCCAGUGACCCUGCGCAUUCUACCAUAUGGGAUGCCCACACGGGCGUAGGAGGCAAUGGUGAUCCAAAGCAUACAAACUUGGUAGGAAAGGACAAAUAUGAGUGCGUGGUGGAUGGUCCUUUCAAAAACUUGCGUCCGGCAUAUCUUCAGGAUAGUCACGCACCUCAUUGUCUAUCCCGCAGUUUUAACAACGGCACUGAAUAUAUUGGUAACAUGCUGGGACCCCAAUAUACCCCCGCUGUUAUCAAAACAAUCUCCAAGCUGCGAGACUUUAAUUCAUACCGAGUCGCUCUUGAAUCAGGUCCUCAUGGUGCCGUCCAUUCUGCUAUUGGGGGAGAUAUGUCCCCCGCGACAUCACCGAAUGACCCCAUUUUCUUUAUGCACCAUACACAAAUCGAUCGUCUUUGGUGGCUUUGGCAGCAAGAAAUGCCGUCUAACCGCACCUACGACUACAGCGGUAUCAGGACUCAAGACAAUUCCGAUGGCAAAACCCCACCACCAGCCACCUUGAAUGAUCUUCUUCCAAUGCUUGGGAUGGCAAAGGACCUCCCUGUCAAACAGCUUAUGAAGACACAGACUUCACUUCUCUGCUACCGGUAUUGA